AUGCAGAGUCGAAGAUUAGCCGAUUUGGCGUUUAUGUUCGGCUUAUUUCAAUUUGCAUAUUCACAGUAUCGGUCAGUGAGAAAGGACUUCGAACACUGUCAAGCGUGGCUCCAUUACGCCGCAGCGUCGGUGCGUCCUCUUUAUACCGUUCUUCCAGACACCUCUAUGUAUUUCACCAAUUCGCCUCAUAUCAGCGUUUUAUUGUAUCACAAAUACACGAGUAUAAUGCGAUGUGCCUUGAACGCAGCUUCAGUGUUAAGCAGUAUGACUCUUUUUAAAGAAGCAGCGAGUCUUAUAUCUUCUAUUGACAUUGAUAUGUGUGUAGCUGUGUUACAAGCACAUGCAUCGAAUUACUUUGAAAGAGCGAACAUGACAAGGAAAGCUGCUUUCUAUCGAAUUCUUGCAGGGAAUCGUUUUAUGAAAGCAGGACUUAAGCAGAACGCCUUAGUAUGUCUACCUGUUCCGUUAGUAGAUGCUCAAGAAACGCGCGUAUUUUACGGUGAACGACCCCAACCUGAUGAAGUCCCAGUAACAAGCAACAUCUCUUGGUUGGAUAUGGAGCGCGCAGCCUUUCAUGCCUUAGCUGGCGCGUCAUCUGUAUUUCGCCCUACACAUCUUGUUAGUGACAACGAGACUGACAACCAGCGGGUGCGUAGUACUCCACCAGAAGAGAGGUUUCGAGUGGAAGUUAGCCUUCGAAACCCGUUGAAGACACCUUUGACGGUACAGAAUGUGACACUUGGAAUAACUGAUGUUCAUAUGAGAGAAGGUGGGGAACAUCAGAUGCCAUUUACAGAACGGGAAAUAGUGCCAAGUAUUACGAUUCCGCCAGAGAGAUCGAGAAAGAUCAUGUUAUGGGUACGCCCUAGUUGUCACCUCUCCGGAUUCCGAGUUGGAAGCAUAUUAUUGCAAAUUGUUGGCUCUAAUCAGGCUUCCGUUUCAGGAUUUUUGCCAUUGAAAAUCAAAGGAAAGCGGCUGAAUACGAACCCCAGACAGAUGAAGUCUGUGGUGUACGCCGUAGAUGAGCGUUUGCGAGUUUCGGUGGCGCAAAAACGAUGGCCGCUUCUCGACUUUAAUAUUGUGCGAAAGAACCAGUCGGAAGUCUACUGUGGACAGGCCGUGGUGCUAAGUAUUGAUGUAUGUUUACUAUUACUUUCUUUUCGCCUUCAGUAUCUAGUUGUCUUCUCAAAAUUGAUUCAUGUUUUGCUGAAGUUACCGCACUCAAAAUCAGAUGAUGUUCAUGGCAUUACUGCAAUCAAUAUGCGAAAUGUAAUGCACUCGAGUGAUGCCGCACUCGCGCGCUGCGAAGUGUUGCGUAUUCGCCUUGUGAACCAAGAGAUGGACAGUAAUGGACGUUGGAAUGAGGUCGGCUGUACAGCGGUUGCUAUUAGGCCGGUAACACACGGGCCAGGUAAGAUUCUGUCAUUUGUAUGCGCCGCUGUACACAUAAUUCCAUGA